AUGUUUUAUGAUCAUUCAGUGGAAGGUUUUAUGAAUAAUCAAAUGAAUGAAAUAAGUAAUUCUUUUAAUGAUAUAAGAAAAGUUCCUAUAAAUAUAACAGAAAAUGUAUGGUCAAGCGAAAGAAUUACAUUAUCUUCUGAAGAAUAUGUAUAUUAUCUAAACUUGUUUAAUUUAAAUGAUAAAUUUGAAAAUAAUUUUAUUGAUAAUAAGACAGCUUCUUCUUUUUUACAAAACUCCGGGCUUUCUAUAUCUAUUCUACACUCUAUAUGGGAAUUUAGUGAUAUUGAAAAUAAAGGUUAUCUAACUUUAGAGGAUUUUUUUAUAUGUUGUAGACUAGUUGCACAUGCUCAAAAUGGGAAUACCUUAAGUGCAGAAAUUAUAAAUAUACAACCACCAUGUUUACCUAGUUUUGAUAUUAUUAGACAUAAAUCAUUUUCAGAUAUUUCUAAUAUGGAAGCUAACGUUGAAUGGAGAUUAAAAGAAAAUGAAAGAGAAGAUUUCAAAAGAAUUUUUAAAACAUUAGAUAUAAAUAAUGAAGAAAAAAUAGAAGGAUCAAUUAUUCGUGAGUAUUAUUUAAAUACUUCUAAUAUAUCUAUUUGUGAAUUAAUGCAAAUAUGGAAUAUUUCUGAUAUUGAUAACGAUGGAUCUUUGAAUUUUGAAGAGUUUUGUAUUAUGAAUAAAAUUGUUGAAAUCAGAAAAGAAAAAGAAAUAAAUAUACCCUUAACAAUUCCUGUUGAAUUACUAGAUUCUAUAAAGAUAAAAAAAGAACUAGAUAUUAAUGAUGAUGUAACUUUUAGAAAAUGCGAAGAAAAUAAUGAAAAAAGAGAUCCAUUUCAUAUAUCUUUUGGUGAUUUAUUAAAAACAGAAAAUGAAAAAAAAAAUGAAGUAAAUGAUAAAGAAAAAAUAAAUAUGGAUUUUGACUUUUUUGAUUUCAAACAAGAUAAAUUAGAUAAAGAAACUCCUAAUGAAAAAAAAAAAAAAAAAAAGGAUACUUUUGAAGAAAAUGAAAAUACUUUUUUCAAAAAGGAUUUUGAAGAUUACAGUAAAUUUGACGAGGAAGAAGAACCAGAAGAUAAAAAUCAAAAAGAAGAUGAAGAGGAAGAGGAGGAGGAAGAUAAUGAAUCAAAUAAAAACUAUUUAUUAAAACAAGGCAUAGAAUUUAUAAAAGACGAAAAGAAUAAAAAUGAAAAAAAAAAAAAAAAAAAAAAAAAGGAUAAAGAAAUAGAAAAGGAAAAGGAAAAAGAAAAGGAAAGAGAAAAAGAAAAAGAAAGAGAAAAAGAAAAAGAAAGAGAAAAAGAAAGGGAAAAAGAAAAAGAAAGAGAAAAAGAAAAAGAAAGAGAAAAAGAAAGGGAAAAAGAAAAAGAAAAAAAAAGAGAAAAGGAAAGAGAAAGGGAAAAGGAAAAAGAAAAAGAAAAAGAAAAAGAAAAAGAAAGAAAAAGGGAAAGAAAAAGAGAAAAACAUAAAGGUAAAAACAAAAAAAAAUUGGAUAUGUUAAGAGAUGAAGAGGAAAGAGAUUAUAUAAAUGAGCUGAGAGAUGUAGAAGAGAAUGAAAAGAAACAUUUUUCUAAAGAAGAAAAGUAUUUUACUAAACUAAUGGAUUUUAACUAUUGUGAUUUAAAAAAUUAUAAUAUUGAAAGUAAGGAUAUUUACAAGAUAGAAGAAAUAAAUAGACAAUUAGAAGAAGAAAUAAAAAAGAAAAAAAUAGAUAUUGAAAAGAAAAAAAAACAUGUAAAUUGCCUUGCAUAUGUUUAUGAGAGUGAAUUGAAAAAAUAUCAAUGUUUAAAAGAAGAAAGAAGAAAUUUAGAAUUUUUGAAUUUAUGUUUGUAUAAAGAUAUAAAACAUAAAAAAGAAAAUAUUAAAAAUAUUAAAAAGGAAAUUAAAGAAAUAAUUGAAGAUAUAAAUAAAAUAAAUAUAGAAAAUAUAAGUUUAAAUAAAAAUUACGUAGAAAAAGAAAGGGAAAUAAAAGCUACUGAUAAUAAUAGAAAAAAUUUGAAUUCUAUGAUAGAUAAAGAAAAAAAUGAUUUAAAAAAAGAUGAAAGAAAUUUAAUAAUUUUAAAAAAUAUGAUUAGUUAUUUGAAAAAACAAAAAAAUCGUGCCUUAAAAUUACAAGAAAAUUUAAAAAAUAGAUAUGAUGUAACAAACUCUGAUCACCAGAUGCUAAUCAAAAAUAUUCUACAUAAACAAAAUUAUUUAAAUAGCAUAACUAAUAAACGUCUUAAUAUACAAAAAAUGAAAAAUCAGAAUAUACUUUUAUUUAAUUCUUUAGCUAACCAAUCUGUAUUAUUAGAUAUACAGAAUAAUUAUCCACAUUUAAAAACGAAUUUAGAAAAGUCCUUUAGCACAUUACCAUUAAAUAGUUCUACCUUUUUUAAUUCAAACAUUUAUAAAAAAUAUUAUACAGAUAAUAAAGGAAUACCUAAUAAACAAAAUGAUGAAAUUAAAAACAAUAAAAAGAAUUUUUCAUUAUUUGAGCAUAUUAAGAAUGGUGACAAUGUUGAUAUUUUUUCAAGUUUAGAGGAUAUGGAAUCUAAUAAAGAUGUAUUCAAAAAUGAAAAUAAUUUUGAAGGCUUAAGUGAUUUUAUAUCAAAAGAAAAUAGCUUAAAAACUGUUGAUAAAUAA